AUGAAGAUUAUCCUGACACUGAUGAGGAGGAGGAUGUUGUUGGCUGUAACCAUGGCAAUGGGGAAAUGAUGGUAGACAAAGGGGAGGAUUAUUGUGGAUUUAGUCAACCCUCUCAAGCUCUGAAGUUCUUUCAAGAGCUAAAUAAUGAGUUUCACAGCAAGGUGCAAAAUUUAUCACAUGUUAGUAUCAACCCAACUACCACAAAGUAUAUGGAUAAACGUUCCUUAUCUAGUAGCUCUGCUGAUAUGGCUUUGAAUGACAAAGACAUAAACAAUUGUUUUUUAAAGUGCAGAAUAUUUGAGACUUUGCAUGAACAGAUGAACUUAACAGACAAUGCUGAAGCAGCAUUGCAGAGUGUUGAUGAAUUCAAGAUUGUUAAACCAAUAAAGAAAGAAACCAUCAAGAAAAGAAGAUCUCGGUAUUGGCUGAAAGAUGAAGGAUUGGAACCAAUUUAUCCUUUUCCAUACUUUCCGUAUCAAAGAUUCACUAACAACUUGUGGAAUUGUGAAAAGAAGAAUGGCAAAGAUGAGGAGAAUGUUUUACAGAAGGCAUCACAACUAUGGCCAAGAAUAAAAGACUUGAAAUUAGAAAAUGAAUGCGAAUCUUUUGACAGUGUUGAAAGUUGUGAACAAUUUAUUGUGGAUAGAUCUAUUAAACGAGAACCAAUGUCUCACAAUGAUAAGCAUGACUUAGUGACAGAACCUGUGUAUAAUGAUGAUGGACUUGAGUUAGUGACGGAUCAUGCAGGUCAUGUUGAAAAACUUGAGGUAGGGAUUGAUCCUAUCGGUCAUGAUAAUGGACUUGAUGCAGUGACAGAUCCUACACUUCAUGAUGAUGGACUUGAGAUAGUGACAGAUCUUGUGGGUCAUGAUGAUGGUCUUGAGGUAGUGACAGAUCCUAUGGUUCAUGAUGAUGGACAUAAGUUAGUGACACAUUCUGUGGGUCAUGACGAUGGACUUGAGUUAGUGACACAUUCUGUGGGUCAUGAUGAUGGACUUGAGUUAGUGACAGAUCCUGUGGGUCAUGAUGAUGAACAUGAAUUAGUGACAGAUCCUGUGGUCCAUGAUGAUGGACUUGAGGUAGUGACAGAUCCUAUGGUUCAUGAUGAUGGACUUGAGGUAGUGACAGAUCCUGUGAGUCAUGAUGAUGAACAUGAGGUAGUGACAGAUCCUGUGGGUCAUGAUGUUGGACUUGAGUUAGUGACACAUUCUGUUGGUCAUGAUGAUGGACAUGAGUUAGUGACAGAUCUUGUGGGUCAUGAUGAUGGACAUGAGUUAGUGACAGGUCCUGUGGGUCAUGAUGAUGGACAUGAGUUAGUGACACAUUCUGUGGGUCAUGAUGAUGGACUUGAGUUAGUGACAGGUCCUGUGGGUCAUUUUGAUGGACAUGAGUUAGUGACAGAUCUUGUGGGUCAUGAUGAUGGACAUGAGUUAGUGACAGAUCCUGUGGGUCAUGAUGAUGGACUUGAGUUAAUGACAGAUCUUGUGGGUCAUGAUGAUGGACAUGAGUUAGUGACAGAUCUUGUGGGUCAUGAUGAUGGACAUGAGUUAGUGACAGAUCCUGUGGGUCAUGAUGAUGGACUUGAGUUAGUGACAGAUCCUGUUGCUUCAGAUGCAAAACCAGCAAAGAUUAUGCUGCGUUCCGUGGUUCGUAGUAGUAAACUAUUAUUGUGGUGUCAGAAGGCUGUUGAGAAUUAUCCUGGUAUACAAGUAGAUAACAUUACAUCAUCUUGGAAGAAUGGUCUUCUCUUAUGUGCAAUUAUACAAAGAUUUAGACCUGAUCUUAUAAAUUAUGAAUGCCUGAAGGCAGAAGAGGUUGCUGAAAACAACCAGUUGGCAUUUGAUAUCGCUGAGAGAGAGUUUGGUAUAACACCAGUAAUGACUGGUAAAGAAAUGGCCUCCUUAAGUCAACCAGAUAAGCUUACUAUGGUCGCUUAUUUGUCACAAUUUUAUGAAAUAUUCAAAGAUGAACUACCAUUAGAAACUGUCAAACAAGUUGACCUUCCAGAAGAAGAAUUCAUCCCCGGUCGCAAAGCACAGCGAUUAUCUCUUCUCACUAGAUUAAAUAAAAAGUUGUCUCAAAAGAAAUCACCUAGAAGAGAGAAGGAUUAUGGUAAUCGAGAAGAAAAAGAAAAUCAACGAAAAAGUCCUGCUGGCGGGAGUAGAAGGAGGGAAAUAGCUCGUCGUUAUCAUGAAGACUUACUCAAUGCAGAGAAUGAAGCCAAGCUGUGGGAUAAGAGAGAAGACCUUAAUGUGGGUGUUAGAGGAGCCAAUAAAGUCAGUGCAAUGGCGAAUAGCUUGUUUGCACAAUUCCAAGAGAUAGCUGGAGUCAAACAGACCCCUAGUAAAGCUGUCAAUAGACCUUCAUUUGUUGUUGGAUCAUCCCAUUCAAGCCCUAUCAACACAAUGGCAGAGCAGUUAUAUGAACAGUUUGAGGUAUUGGCUGGACAGAAACAUCAGUCCCAAUUAGAGGGAAAGCGAUCAAUGACAAGUAAAAACAAACAGAUACAGGAUAUGGCUGAGCAGCUACGAGCACAUUUUCAGAAAGCAGAUAGCAGUCAAAUGGAGCCAAGAUAUGGUGAUCAAGUACAGGAAAUGGUUACAUUAUUACAGGAUCAAUUCAAUAGGCUUGCUGGUUGUGAGUCAGCUGACAUUGAACCAAUAGACAAGCCACAAAUUAGUGUGUCCACUCAUUACCAUAUCAAAGAUAUGGCUGUUAAACUGGAAAACAACUUUAAAGAUAUCACCAGUAUGUCUCCUAAACCAGUUGCAGGUGAACAGCGCCCUCAAGUAAGUCCCCAACAGCAGGGUAAAAUCAAAGAACUUGCGGAAGAACUUCAUAACAAAUUUGCUGCCAUGACAGCAGUACAGCAUCCUGAGCUGGUGCUCGAUAGGAGGCGAUCAUUAAGCCAUAUAAAAGCAAUGUCUGACACAUUAUUGACACAAUUUAAAGAAAAACAAAGACAACAACAUACCUGUAGUGAACCUACCGGACAUAUUAACAGAAUGGCUGAACAUUUACUUGAGCAAUGCCAACAGAUUGCCAUCGAGAAAGAAGCAGCUCAACAGGUUACACCCAGUAAAAAGAGUGUCAGUGUCAAGGCUCAACAACUACAAGCAAAAUUUAAAGAACUAUCUGGAGAGAAACCAACAAUUAAAGAACCACCAAAACGGGCUACACAUGGUGCUAAAAAACCAGUUGAUACAGGUGCUCUGUCACACAGACAGGUACAUGAUAUGGCCGGCCAGAUUUUGAACAAAUUUGAGCAGAUUUCUAACCCAUCGAUUGAAAAGUCAAAAUCUGCUAGUUCUGCAUCAUCUACUGAAGUACAGUUUAUGACAUAUCAGUUACUUGCCAAGGUGGAAGAAAUGGCUAAACAAACAGCUGAACCCAAAAAAAUAACGCAGAUAUCUGAAGGACAGUUACAGGAGACAACAGAUCGUUUCUUGUCUGACAUGCAAGAAAGACAGAAACAACCUGAGAAGACAAAUGUAACUACUGGUGUAGGCUCAAUUUAUGAUAUUCUAAUGGCAAGAUUUCAACCUGUUGAAGAAGAUAACACUUCGAAAGACGACAAUCAAGAUGAACCUCUUACAGAACUUAACAUUGCAGACAGAAUGCUCUUUUCUAAGUUUCGUGACAUAGCUGGAUUGAAGAGCACUCGGGCUGAGGACCAACAAAAAGAACCAAAGCAAAGAACAUCUUGGUGGGGUUCCCAACAACCAAAAUCCAAGCAGUUUACUGGUAGCAGUGCAGGAGGAAGUGACAUCUGCUUCUUCUGUUGUAAAAGAGUUUAUGUCAUGGAGCGACUCAGUGCUGAAGGUCUUUUCUUUCAUCGUGGAUGUUUCAAGUGUUCAUAUUGUAAUACUACAUUGCGAAUUGGAAACUAUGCAUUUUAUAUGCCACCUAAUGAGAAUAAGUUGGAAGGUCGUUUUUACUGCAGACCCCAUUUCAAGUAUAGCAAGGCAGCAGAUGGAGGACCAAGAAAAAGAAGAAUGAUGGAAUUAGGGGCUAAGGAGAACCUUCCAGACUCACCACCAGUUCUAGUGACCACAACACCUGAUAAACAGUCAUGGCUGGCUGAACUUGAUGGGCCACUAGAGAAGAAAUCUCGCGGCACACCUGACCAUCUGAACCGGUCCUGGGAGUCAUUGUCUAACUGCACACCAGAACGCAUCUUCUUGGAUUCCACACUCGAUGGUACUUUACAGCGUAGUCAGAUGUCUGAGGAAGAGAUUUCCAAUUAUAACUAUGGAGAUGCAGCAUCUGUUCAUGAAAUGACAGAGUAUGAUGAGAGCUCAUCUAGUGAUGAUUCAGAUGUGGAAUUUGACAUUGAACCUGUUGCAAUACCAGCUGAGCAUUCUGAUCAUUGGCAGAAAUCACCGCAAUGGGAUUUGUCUGAUGAUGAUGACUAUUCGUGGGAUGAAAGUGAUAAUGAUUAUGAAGAAGAUGAUUAUGAUUAUGAAUCUGAUGACGAUCUUAGUGAUGGAGAAAUGGUUCCAGUGGAAGUUGACUCGAGAAAUCUUGCUUGGACGGAACCAGAGAGCCCAAAAGAAAAUGUAAUGGCAGAGAAUGAAGUGAAUAACAUAGAGUCAGAUGCAGAAGGAGAAAAAACACCAGAAGCUGCUGAUUCUUCUAAUGAAGAAUUGCAACCACUGUCAGAAUCGUUGACAAAACAAGAAUUUCCUGAAAUUCAGCAGACUGAACCGCAGCCAGAGCCUCAGAACAAGGACUCACCUGAAGAACUAUUUGACCAUCAGGGAUUUGUUGCUAGCAUGACCAGCUUAAAAUUGCAGUGGCUGAGCAAUCCAGAGCCUCCAGAUCAUUCAAUGUGGGGACGUAGACGAUUACCAUCAAAGACUCCUAAAACCGUGAGUCUUGAGGAAGAAAAACCACCUCCUAUUCCUCCAUUACCAUCACAAGAAGACCUCGUCAAAGCUCACAUAAUCAAAGCUGAAGAUAUGACAGCAGAGAAAGUCAAACCCGAUAUUGAUGAUGAAGACACUUCUGUUGAAACUGUGGAAGAAGUGGUACUUGUUGAUAAAGUGACUGAAGAAGAAGAAAUUAUAAAAGAACAACUACCAAAGGGUGACUUGAGGAAGGAGAGAUUUUAA